UCGCCUUCUUCUUCUUGAUCAUCAGUGGUCGAACCUCUCGAGCAGCAAUCCGUGCAGAGCAGCACGCGAACUUACUCCGCGCGCAUUCUCUAACAUGACGGCGGUUCGUAUUGUUCGAACUUGGCAACUUGUUUCCGAGCCCACUGAGGCGGAAGCCUAAUGUCUCAGAGCCCUUAGCCACUGCGAACCAUGGCCACUCAGUAUCCCCAGUCUGGGCCCUCAAGGGACCCUCAAUUACAGGUUCCUCCCGACCCAAACGAAGAGGGCUACGACUACAAGCAGCACGUCUCCAUUGGUGACACCCACGAGGACCAAUUCUGGGGGAACGAAAUCAUCAAGCCCAAUAAGAAGCUGUCCUUUGAGCGUGAUAUCCGUGUGCAGGAGUUCCACGACGAAGGUUCUGCUGACCUCAUCCGUAAGCUCAAGCGUUCCGAUGUUCCUAAGCCUGCAGCGUCGCCGCCUCCUCAAGUUAGCGGUGAUAGUGAGGUUAUCUUUACGAGACGUCGAAGCAAGCCCCGGAGAAAACGAAAGAAGCGGUCAAGAAAGAAGAAAAGGAAGAAAUCGAAGAAAAGAAAAAAGAAAAGAAAGCGUUCCAAGAAGAGGUCCAAAAAGAGGAAGAAACGCAAGAAACGGAGUUCAGAGGCACCCUACACGUCGACAACCAGUCCCUCGUAUACGUCAUCAACGGACAUGUCAACAGCUAACAUCCCCGGUGGUGCCGUUGCCUGGCCUCAAGUCCCGCCACAAGACGUGCUAGAUUCCCGGCGCAUGGAAAGAACCAUGGGCGAGGCUAUCUUAGAAACAGGGGUUACAAAUAUCCGGCCGGAAACGAAAGGCAUGACUGAGCCGCAUUUCCCCCAGGUUAUGCGAGUUGAGCAGCCUGGACAACCGCCGAGACCUGCAGUGCAACAGACAGAUGCUGCUGUUCAGCAGUAUCCCAGUCAAAGAACGCAAGGUCAGCAAACGGAGCGCAACGAAGGACAACGUUCUCUCGAAACAUCAACGUGCCCACAGGGGUGUACCAUCUGCUCCGGACUCUUCAAAGCGACGGAGAUUGGCCAUACCUGCUACCACCCGGAUUGCAUCCAGCGUCGCUCUUCAGAAGUUCUGGGUAUGCGAGGAUCAUGUGUCAUCGAUCCAGAAUGUGUGGUUUCCAGGCCUUCAUCAACAACCCACGUCAUAUUUCGCGGGCAACCGCGUCCAGCACACGUGGAGAUCCAAACGCAGACGUGCAAUGAAUCGGCUCCGUUCUACAACCACCAGGGAUUUGGCCUGUUCACACCUGACGGAUAUUCUGCACCACGAUACGAAAUAGAAACUCGAAUAGACAUUGACCGACCCCAACCAGUCGCACAACAAGGUUCCUUGACGGCUCUGUACGGUGCGUCUGCCAGCACUGUGUUCCUCCAAGAACCUCGAAGUGUACCCCCUGCUCCUGUCCACGUUGUGGAAAGGCGCACACCUAGAAGAACCAGCGCAGUGCCACUGCCUGAGAAGGUGGUCCCAUCGACACCGGCUGCAAGCACUGGUAGGACAUUUGGCACCGACAUGACUAUAGAUUUGCUGCCACCAUCUGAAAUUCAGACUCGCACUUCUGUGCAAUUGCAAGAGGACCGUGAAAAAGAAAUAUUCGAUCAGGAAGUGGUUCAGAGGCUUAACACUAUCUUCGAGGCUAGCGCUCGAAGAGCACGAAGAGCGCUGGGCCGUAGGAGGCAGCAAUUUAAGCCACAGUACCAGCAGUUUGAGCAGCAGUAUCAGCUGUUUGAGCCGCAGUACCAGCAGUUUGAGCCGCAAUACCAGCAGUGUGAGCCACAAUUCCAGCAGUACGAGCAUCUCCAACAGUGGCUUGAACAGCAAAGCAGCAGCUCGAGCACGCAAGGUGAAGUAGCUAAUAUGCGUGUUAUUCCUCAAGACAGACCUCCUGGAAAAGUUGUCGACAUGAUAUCCGAGUGCUUCAGGGCGAUGGAUGAAGUAGCGUGCGAUGAUGUGUAUCCAGACUUAGCACGUGAUCGAGGAGGUGUACGGGCUGUCGUCUCCCAACAGCGUGCAUCGUUACCACUCUUGGGUUCUCGGAUGGAGGUACCUGUCCAACGACCUGAACUCGCUGGCUUAACUUCGACCUGCACUGCUCUGGAAUCUAUCACUGGAAUGUUGCAAGACGCAAUUCCCAAGAAUCGUCAGUUGUUGAUAGGGGAUACGUUACGGCUGGUACCUGCUGGAAGUGACAAUACCGUUAGCGCGUACGUCAUUGACGCCGCUUCUGAGGAAGGAGAGCUGGAUGGCGCUCGGAAAAAGAGGCGACGAAAGAAGAAAAAGAAGAAGAAAAAGAAGGGCAAGAAAAAGAAGAGGAAGAAGAAGAAAAAGAAGGGCAAGAAAAAGAAGAAGAGGAAGAAGAAAAGGAAGAAAAAGAAGAAAGCAGGAGGUGGAGGAGAGAGCAGCCCAACAACGGCCACACUGUCCUCAGCAAGCGUGCCGAGCACUACACCAAGUGUGCCGAAGGCAUCAGAAAAAGUGGGAGAUGUCAAGUCUGACGCUAAAACUGUUUCAACAAUAUCAGACUUGAAAUCGCUGACGUCGCUGUCGUCAUGGUCCAGGAGUUCUCAGACCUCGGUGCCACCUGCGGCCCGGGUUCUGGCGUCCAUCACGACGUUGGCGUCCACAGGUUCGCAAGUUAGUCGAGCGACACAGACGUCAACAUCUGGUAUGCGGGAAGGAUGGGAGACUUUAAGCACCGGGAGCGAUGACCAGGAGCGCGGUCUUGAAUCGCACGGGGUACUGAGCAACGAGCUUACAACUUCAGAAGAUGGCUCUUCCUCGAGCGCUAGAACCGGAAGGGUAGGCAGGCGGCCUUCCGCUUCUGAGAUUGGACCCUUCGAUAGCUCGGUAACUUCAACCUCGGUGUGCAGCAACUGCGGUUCCAACAUCCCGUUGCCGCCAGCUGUUGGCCAGCCACUUGCCAGUAGGUUCGCCUCUCCUCGACAACACAGGCGGCGGCAAUCGCGGUCUUCCGGGCGGAGAAGUCGUGGUCGAUCUCCCCUCCAGCAGUCAUCAUCACUGGUCGAGAACGACUGGUCAUCACCGGAGGUGAAGGCGCAUCAGCCACGGCGAAGGCGCACGCGGUCCCGUUCCAGGUCAUCCAGGCUACGUCGCAGAAGGUCGCCGCGCAACCCUGAAGUUUCGGAGUACCACACCCGCCGACGUCGCAGGAGAUCACGAUUUGCAGGUUCAUCUUCGGAUGGCUAUUCCCGUCGACAUAAAUCUCAAAGGAGUCGCAGACGUCUUGCAAUACCGUAUGACAUUCACCUGUCUCAGCCGAUCCUCCUCCAAUCUGAGCCUCCAAUCGCUCUUUUAGAAAGACCCUACACGGAGCCUGAAGUUCUUAGAAGGCCAGGCAGACCGAUGUAUGCCAGUCCAUUGUCUGCACUUUGGGGACCUGCAGGAUCAUACCCAUUUCCAAGAGCACGUUCCUAUGAGAUAAGCCCUCCCAAACUCCCACGCUACAUUUAUGGCUUCGACGCUCCUAUCUGGCCCCACGUCCAAGCGCCCGCCGUCGUGGAAUCUGAAGUUUCAGUUCGUCUUUAUAAGGCACUUCAUGAAACAGCGGCCCAGAUAGUGCCACGACCCACUGCACCAUCAGUGGUGUGCCCGCCACAAAAGUCUUUGCCCCAUGUGACGCAGUCACCAGCUAUACAGCCCCAACGACGCGAAAGACCAUUAGCAAGUACGGCCACUACUGCCCUUCCUGUGGUACAGCCAUCUCCGACGUCGCUUGCACAGCUGCCAAUGCCACCGACACCGAUAUAUCCGCAAUCACAAUCCAAAACUGUUCCGUACUCCUCUUUGGCACCCCUGCUCCGUAGCUCCGCUUGGAAUCAAAGCUUGCAUACGAAUAUCACGUUAAGUGGUACAUUUUCCACGGAUGACACUUUUGCGAAGACCACCAUAGACACUCCGCCAUCUUCAAGUUGCAUGUCUUCUGGUUCUGCCUCUGCAGAGCUGCAUUCUAACCAGUCCAGUGAGCCCUGGUGGUCACCCUCUGCAUACGUGAAGAGGAUGAGCAAACAGGGAAACGUUGUAAUAACCUUCAUUUUCCUCGUUGCCAUUGUGGUAUGUGUUGUAGCCAUCCUCAGCCGCUUCGGAGCGGGGCCGGCACCUCACGUACACGACUCUAUCGACGACGAUGAUGAUGAUGAGUCGCGCGUCAUGCACGGUCCUUGGAUGAACGAAACUGGAGGCGGAGCUUCUAUGGAGUCUUACCGACUCUGUCGAACUUUGGAAUGUCGUAGAGAAGGCCUCUACCUCAAAAGCCUUGUCGACAGCAAGGAAGCCUGCCGGAAUUUUUACGACUCAGUGUGCGCGCGCAUCUGGAAGAAGCCUGAUUAUGGAACGCUGUCGUCUGCUGACGUUAUGGUAAACGACGUAGAGUCGUCCAUUAUUAGCUACAUCAAGGCCGGUAAUGUGAAAGACAGGAUAGUAGAAGGAGCCAAAAACCUGUGGAAAGAGUGCAUGGAUGCCGAAACUAUCAAGAAACUCGGCAAGAGGCCGUUUGUUGGAGUUCUGAACAAAGUUGGAUUGGAUGGAUGGCCAUACGUGCUUGCUGCCAAUGUCACGGGGAAAAGCGUCUGGAAUGUGUCUGGAACAAUGAUGCGUCUGUUAAGUCUGAGCACUUUCUUAACCUUCGUCGUUGAACCCGUCACCACCAGUAACUCGGCUUCGGUAACUAUUGGGAAAGGCCCCCUGGAAAUAUCUGCAACCUAUGCCCAUGACAGCGACGCGGUCGAGGGGUUAUUUCAAAGAAUAAAACAAACACUAAACCUUCUGGAUGCACAAAGCGAAAUCGAUGAAAUCGUCAAUGACAUCCUGGAAUUUUCAAGAACUAUUUCCAACCAGAGUGGCUCCAACAGUGACAAAGUGGCUGCCGACAAUCAAACAGAAUUUCAAACUUUCGUAUCAUCUGCUUUAUCGGGCAUUUUAGACCUCAGUAACGGCACCUCGAUCAAUAUCCACCAUGGCGAAGCUGUGCAGGAGUUAUACCAGAAGAUACAGUCAACACCACCUAGGACAGUUCUCAAUUACCUGGGCUACGCUGUCGUGGACAAUCUCUGGGUGUUCUCCCCGCAAGUAUAUUUAUCACGGGAACAGAUCAGAGCCAGAGAGCACAACUGUAUUCGCUUAGUGGAACGGGCAUUGCCCAAACAAGUCCACUACCUGGGCUACCUAUCCACGAAGCAUCACCUGGACGUUGUCUUUUUCACUGGAUUAGCCCACGACAUAAAGCACCAGGUCAUCCACUCCAUACGAGAUCUACCCUGGAUGGACACCAGCACAAAGACAAAUGUCGUAAAGCGACUGUCAAACAUGCGGAUGGAAACGUUCUUUCCGCGAUGGAUGAUAUACAACCACACGCGUCCAAAGGUAUCCCAACCGGGCUUCACUCCACUGGAAGCUCUUGUCUCGUAUCAAGCAAUAAUGCAAAACACUUUCAAAGAUUCCAUCAAAGCUACAGCCAUGAACGAGGACGAUUUGUGGAUGGGAUCGGUGUUUGACCAGGACUGCAGAUAUGACAAAGAACGCAAUAUGCUUUUCCUACCACUGUCUAUGGCCAACACAACAAAGGGUGCGACGCAGCUCUUCCUCUAUUUUCACAUACCGCAUUUUGGAGUACAACUUGCAAGAUGCCUUCUUGAGACCCUAGACUCUUCAAGAUACGCCAAUGUUUGGCGAGAGCCUACAGUUCGAAAGUUUGCGAAUGUCCGCAAGUGCUUCGAGGAGCUGUACCUUUCCAGCACCGUCCGUGUCCAGCACCCCAGUAAAAGGCCGCCGUCCAUUACUACUGGUGACGUUCUGGAAUACGCUGCCAUCAUUCAGGCCCAUAAUAUUUUCACGAGCAGGAUUCGCAAGCUUAGUAAGAACUUUCAAGAUUAUCGGCUCGAGAACGCCAAACACCUGUCUGCAGAACAGCUGUUUUACAUCUACUACACUGCUGGAAAGUGUCAGGUAUAUGAUACAAAGUACCGAAUGACCCGGCAUGGAACUCCGAAGCUGGUAAACUUAGUCCUUUCACACGAUAGCUCGUUCCACAAGGCGUUCAACUGCACCCAGAACACAAUCAUGAAUCCGAUGAAGAAAUGCCACUUCUGGAGAUUGUGACAACGGCUAGAAAAGCGUCACUAUGAAAAAGACCAGUGGUAGUGCUAGGAAGGAUGAACGUCCACGCAUUGUGCAGACGCACAUGAACUGUGAGCUGAAUGAAAAUAAACGUUGCUGUUUGUUGCAAA